AUUUCAACCCCAAAAAAACAACGACAAAACCCCUCCUUAAAUCCCAACACCUCCCCUUCAUAAAUACAUACAUACAAACCUCCUCGUACACCUUAGACCUCCAUUGCUAUCCUCCACAUAAGAGAAGGCCCGAAGGAGGAGAAGCCAGUUUUCGUGGUGGUGGUUCGGGUGCGAUGGGGAUUGAGACGCCACUUCUGAACAAUAGCAACAACCACAGCAAUGGGGACCUCCACGAUGUCGGGGAGUCGAAGAAGUUGGGGAGCGUAGUCAGGGAGUUCGGGAUCGAGUCCAAGAGGCUCUGGAAGCUCGCCGGCCCCGCCAUCUUCACCUCCAUCUGCCAGUACUCCCUCGGCGCCCUAACCCAGACCUAUGCCGGGCUUGUCGGAGAGAUUGAGCUCGCUGCUGUGUCUGUCGAGAACUCUGUCAUUGCCGGUCUCGCCUUUGGUGUCAUGUUGGGAAUGGGAAGUGCACUGGAGACGUUAUGUGGGCAGGCGUACGGUGCCGGAAGGCUCAGGAUGCUCGGUAUCUACAUGCAGAGAUCGUGGGUCAUUCUGUUGACCACCGCCUGCCUCCUGGUCCCUAUCUACGUCUUCGCUCCUCCUAUCCUGGAGCUCAUCGGGGAGACCACCGAAAUUUCCGAAGCUGCUGGAAGAUUCGCAUUAUGGAUGCUUCCGCAGCUAUUCGCGUACGCCCUCAACUUCCCCAUACAGAAGUUCUUGCAGUCGCAGAGGAAGGUCAUGGUGAUGGCGUGGAUCUCGGCGAUCGUGCUGGUGUUCCAUGCCGUCUUCAGCUGGCUGUUCAUACUGAAGCUCGGGUAUGGACUGGUGGGAGCGGCCGUCAUGCUCAACACCUCAUGGUGGCUCAUCAUCAUUGGCCAGCUCCUCUACAUCUUCAUCACCAAAUCGGAUGGCGCCUGGAGCGGCUUCUCUUGGCUGGCCUUUGCUGACUUGUGGGGCUUCGUCAAGCUCUCCCUGGCCUCUGCAGUCAUGUUAUGCUUGGAAUUCUGGUACUUGAUGAUAUUGGUGGUGAUCACGGGACGCCUCCCAAACCCUCUGAUACCGGUUGAUGCCAUCUCUAUUUGCAUGAACAUACAAGGAUGGGAUGCGAUGAUUGCACUCGGAUUCAAUGCUGCAAUCAGUGUGAGGGUGUCAAAUGAGCUUGGAGCCGGCAAUGCCCGACUGGCUAAGUUCGCAGUGGCAGUCGUCUCGGUGACCUCUGUAACCAUCGGAGUUAUCUGCAUGUGUGUCGUCUUCGGCACAAGAGACAUCUUCCCGUACCUCUUCACGAGCAGCGAUGCCGUUGCCGCAGAAACAACUAAACUUGCCAUCUUGCUAGGGGUCACUGUGCUCCUGAACAGUCUCCAGCCCGUCCUAUCUGGUGUCGCUGUUGGAGCUGGGUGGCAAUGGCUUGUUGCAUACAUCAACAUCGGGUGCUACUACAUCGUGGGGUUGCCUGCUGGUAUCCUCCUUGGUUUCACAUUCGGUUUUGGGGUCAUGGGUAUUUGGUCGGGCAUGAUUGGAGGCAUCUGUCUGCAGACAUUGAUCUUGAUCGUCGUCACCUCGAUAACCAACUGGAGGAGAGAAGCCGAGGAAGCAGGAGACAGAGUGAAGAGAUGGGGAGGAUCGUUAGACCAGUGAUCACCCGAAGGCCAGCGGUGCAAAGAUUACUUAGUUAGAGAUAGCAGUGAAGCGCCAUUUCAUUUCCCGGAUCAUGUCGACAACGCCAAGAGCAAGACGUUUCAUAAAGUAUCUCGAUUUUUGAUGGCCUGCUGGGUGACUUUUCGAAAUGUAGAAGGUUGAGCCGAUAGUGACAUUAUUUCGAGUCGUAACGGGGGUGGGAAUAACUGCUCUGUUGUAUCUAGCCAGCACCUAGCAGCAGUGCUUUCUGCAAUUUGAUUUUGUUUUCCUUUCUUUGGAACUUCUAUUGGAUUAAUGGCAUUUGGAGUCUCGACUAAUGUUACGGCCGGAGCAAGUUUCAAACA